CUUCGGAGGAAGAGUUAAACGGGAAUCCGAGUCGUCGUGUGCUCUUGAAUGCACUCCAUCGAAAAGCAUUAUGGGUUGGGAAACCGGUGGAAUAGCUUCUCGAAAGAACUGCGAAGAUGAUGCCCACACCGGUUAUCCUGCUGAAGGAGGGGACAGACACGUCUCAGGGCAUUCCCCAGCUCAUCAGCAACAUCAAUGCCUGUCAGGUGAUCGCUGAGGCUGUCCGGACCACUCUGGGGCCCAGGGGCAUGGAUAAACUCAUGGUGGACAGCAGAGGUAAGGCAACAAUUUCCAACGACGGCGCCACCAUCCUGAAGCUCCUGGAUGUGGUUCAUCCUGCAGCCAAGACGCUGGUGGACAUCGCUCGCUCCCAGGAUGCUGAGGUUGGGGACGGCACCACGUCCGUCACUCUCCUGUCCGCCGAGUUCCUGAAGCAGCUGAAGCCGUACGUGGAGGAGGGUCUCCACCCUCAGACCAUCAUCAGAGCUUUCCGCACCGCCACCAACCUCGCCGUCAGCAAGAUCAAGGAAAUCGCCGUCUCCGUGAAGAAAGAUGACAAGCAAGAGCAGAGGCAGCUGUUGGAGAAAUGCGCCGCCACCGCCCUGAACUCCAAGCUGAUCGCCGGUCAGAAGGGGUUCUUCUCCAGAAUGGUGGUGGAUGCCGUCAUGUCUCUGGACGAGCUGAUGUCUCUGAAGAUGAUCGGCAUCAAGAAGGUCCAGGGAGGAGGCCUGGAGGAUUCCCAGCUGGUCACUGGCGUAGCCUUCAAGAAGACCUUCUCCUACGCCGGGUUCGAGAUGCAGCCCAAACGCUACGAAAACCCAAAGAUUGCUCUGCUGAACGUGGAGCUGGAGCUGAAGGCUGAGAAGGACAACGCCGAAGUCCGGGUCAAAUCAGUGGAGGAUUACCAGGCCAUCGUGGACGCGGAGUGGAACAUCCUCUACGACAAGCUGGAGAAGAUCUACAAGUCAGGAGCCAAGGUGGUUUUAUCCAAGCUGCCCAUCGGCGACGUGGCCACGCAGUACUUCGCUGACAGAGACCUGUUCUGUGCUGGUAGGGUGCAGGAGGAGGACCUGAAGAGGACCAUGAUGGCCUGUGGAGGCUCCAUCCAGACGUCUGUAGGAGCCAUGACAGACGACGUGCUGGGACAGUGUGAGCUGUUUGAGGAGGUGCAGGUGGGAGGAGAGAGGUACAACUUCUUCAAGGGCUGCCCCAAGGCCCAGACGUGCACCAUCAUCCUGAGGGGAGGAGCCGAGCAGUUCACAGAGGAGACGGAGCGGUCGCUGCACGACGCCAUCAUGAUCGUCCGCAGAGCCAUCAAGAAUGACUCCGUCGUGGCGGGCGGAGGAGCCAUAGAGAUGGAGCUGUCCAAGUACCUGAGGGAUUACUCGAGGACCAUCCCCGGGAAGCAGCAGCUGCUGAUAGGAGCGUACGCCAAGGCCCUGGAGAUCAUCCCCCGACAGCUGUGUGACAACGCCGGCUUUGACGCCACCAACAUCCUCAACAAGCUGCGCGCUAAACACGCACAGGGUGGUACUUGGUACGGUGUGGACAUCAACAGCGAGGACAUCGCCGAUAACUUCGUCGCCUGCGUCUGGGAACCGUCCAUCGUGAAGAUCAACGCCCUGACGGCGGCGUCGGAGGCGGCGUGCCUCAUCCUGUCUGUGGACGAGACGAUUAAGAACCCCCGCAGCAGCAUGGACGGGCCUCCGGGAGGCGCCGGCAGGGGGCGGGGCCGCGGGAGACCACACGCCCACUAACGCAACAUAAACCAAACCCGGUUCUAGUCAGAUCCAGAAACGGAAAGCUGCAGGUUAAGAGUUAAUCUGGAUUAAAUGAGAGAAGUUCAUGAAUCAGUCCAGACUGUUUCCUUUUUCUGUUUUUCACUCGUAGCUUUGUCUCCGUAAGCAUUUCACACGUUCAUCCUCUGUGGUCACGGAGAUGUUCUGAAGAACAACGGCCAGGAGAGCUGGUCAGUCACUGUAAUCUGGCAGGUUUACUGACGGGAUUAGGAGCAGUCCCGAACCUCUCACCGGUGAACGGCUGCAAAUCUAUUUAUUGGACCAUUCUUAUCAAUAAACUCACGGCUGAAAUCCUUCA